GCAGAAAAAUAAAAGUGAAAAUGUUUACGCCAAAGCAAAAGAGUCACAACCAAGGCGUUGUUGGCAUGUCGCCGCAUACGCCGCUGAGUUUUAGCCGCGAGCUGCGUCAGGUUUUGCAGGAGCGCAAUUUGUUGACGGCUAAAUCACGUAAAAAAGUUUGUUCAAUGCUGGACAGCAAUUCGAGCAGUCCCAUUGGCUCACCCAAUCCGGAGUCGGGCAAACGCAUGGGAUUCCGUCUGCAGGCCGUGCAGGAGAUCAUCUCAUCGGAGAAGUCCUAUCUGGAGCAGCUGGAGCUGCUGAUGAACUACUUUGUGCGGCCACUGAAGGAGCAGGCCAUCAUUGAUGCCUCCAAUCAUACGGCGCUCUUUGGCCAGAUCGAGAUGAUACACAACUUGAAUGGAGAAUUCCUUAGAGAGCUGGAGUCGAACAUGGAGCAUGUAGCGCAGGCUUUUCUGAAGAUGGCACCAUUCUUCAAGCUGUACUCCGUGUAUGCGUUUGAUUAUCGCGGUGCUUUGUUUAUACUGCAGGAUUUGAUCAGUAAGAAUCCAGUUUUUCGUAAGUUUCUGGAGGAGACCGAGAGUCGUCCGGAGGUGCAACGCAAGCUGAAUGCCUUGAUGAUUGUGCCCAUACAACGUGUACCACGCUACAAGCUGCUGCUGGAGCAGGUGCUGCUCUAUACAAGUCCAGCGGAUGCGGAUUACAAGUUGUUAAAAGAAUCCGUCAAGGAGAUCGAGGCUACCGCCUCCCACAUUAACUCCUGCGUGGAGGAGCAAGAGAUUACACAGUAUUUGAUACAUCUGCAAAACUCGCUGGUGAAUCGCACUCCAAAUAUUGUAAAGCCCUCGAGGCGUGUGAUCAAGGAGGGAAUGCUCUUCAAGAUCACCCACAAGGGUCAGCAAAUCAAGCGCUACUGUGUGCUCAUGUCGGACAUCUUCAUGUACUGCAAGGUGCUCAAGGAGCGUCCACCCAAUACGCAGGUGGAGAACUCCUUGGAAUGCUGCUGCAUCUUUCCUCUAAAGAAGUGCAAAGUCUAUGAGAUGCUGCCUGGAAAUUUCAAGCUGACUUGCCAGAGCGAUGGCAUUAUCUUUGGCAGUGAUGAUCUGCAACUAUCACGCACCUGGGUGGGAUUCAUCAGAGAUGCCAUCGAUCUGCAUGUCCAGUGCCGCAAGACAUUGCGCAAGGAUUCCAGCAAGAGGACGCCUAUAAGGAAGAAGGACAUGAAGAAAUUCGGCACGGAUUAUGUACUGAGUCCCAACAAGCGCAAAUGCGAUUACGAUACGGUCUUUCGCAACAAGAAUCGCUCCACGGAUUCCGAGGAGGAAGCAGAUGUCUCGGCCAGCGUGCAAAGCCAUUGCUUCCAGCGCAAGCGCAAGUUGCCCAAUCCUGUCAAGACAUCAACAGUGACGUCCUCGACGGUUGUCAAGCGUCCAGCGCCGCCGCCGCCAACGGUGCAGCUGCGUCGUCCAGGACAGCAGGACACCACAGAGCACAAGGAGAAUCGCAUUUCUAAGCUGUACAAAAUGAUUUCAACUGGGGAUAAAGUAACCAAUGUGCGGAGCAUACUUAAACGCAGUAAACCAACGGGCACAGCCAACGAUCCCGAUCCAAGUUAUGGCUUUGCCAGUCGCUAUUCCGAUUCCAAGUCGUAUUUUCGUGCUCAUAAUGUGGAUAACACCAUACCCACGGCAAUAAAGCGCGAGGAUCUCUUUGAUGCGGAACUGGGCGAUGGCAACUUUCAGGAUGUACUCUUUCCAUUGCGUUCCAGCGGCGGCAGCCAGAAGAGCGGUGCAGGAGGCGGCGGCUGGACAACGCCGGCGCAGACUUUAAGGCCUGGCCAGGAGGAUUUGCAGUGCCAGCCGCCGCAGAAGAAGCGCGUCAAGUUCGAUGAUACGCUAGAUGCGUACGAGAAGAAGCCUUUUGUAUUCCCAAGCUCCAGCUGCAAUGCUGGAGAAGCUGUCAACGUUAAGACUACAUCCUUGCGUGAUCGUAUCUAUGACUUUUUUGCCAAUCUCUUCUAGAAAGGCAGCAGCAGUUCAAGCUUACAUAUCGGAGUUGCUGUCAGUAGCAAGUUGACAUCGAAUUCUUUGCGAAUCUCUCCCAGAAAUGCUUCAUAUCAUCAUUAUUUGUACUCUAAUGCAUUUAUUUACACAAUAAAAUCAUGUAUUAACUAA